GCCGAGAUGGCGGCGCGCGCGGUGGCGGCGGAGCGGCGCGGGCCUGGCUCUGGAUGAGGGGCGGCCGCAGGCUGCGGGAGCGGCCGCCUCGGCCCCUGAAGCCCCGCGACCCCCGGCGAAGCCUCCCCCCCGGGGCAGGACAGUAUUGGAGCAGCCUACCUAAUGAUCCACCUUCCUGACUCUUCCUAACUUAAAGCCUGGAAUAUAAAAAGUGAUUUAAAUGCCAUAGCAUAUUUGAAAUCAAGCUGUCCUUCCAUGGAAUACUCAUGGCCUGAUGGAAAUGUCACAGGGCUGCCUUCUCUUCUCACCAGAAGGAAGGGUUUCUUACCAUGGCCAUAACACAGUUUCGACUCUUUAAAGUCUGUACUUGCCUGGCAGCAGUGCUUUCUUUCAUUAAAAAGUUAAUAUGCAGGUCUGGAAGAGGGCGAAAGUUAAGUGGAGACCAAAUAACUUUGCCAACCACAGUGGAUUAUUCAUCUGUUCCUAAGCAGCCUGAAGUGGAAGACUGGUCUUCAUGGGAUGAAGAUGCACCUACAAGUGUGAAGAUUGAAGGUGGCAAUGGUAAUGUGGCUGCUCAGCAAAAUUCUUUGGAACAAAUGGAACCUGAUUAUUUCAAAGAUAUGGCACCAACUAUAAGAAAAACUCAAAAAAUAGUUAUUAAAAAACGAGAGCCUUUAAAUUUUGGGAUUCCAGAGGGAAACACAGGAUUCUCUAGCAGAUUAGCAGCCACACAAGAUAUUCCUUUUAUUCACCAAUCUCCUGAACUGGGAGACCUGGAUACUUGGCAAGAAAAUACAAAUGCCUGGGAAGAAGAGGAAGAUGCUGCUUGGCAGGCAGAAGAAGUUCUUAGACAACAGAAGAUAGCAGAAAGGGAAAAAAGAGCAGCAGAACAACAGCGAAAGAAAAUGGAGAAAGAGGCACAAAGGCUAAUGAAAAAGGAACAAAACAAAAUUGGUGUAAAACUGUCCUAACAGAAGCCACACAGCAAUGGCAGUGCCAGUGAAAAGAGAAUUUCAGCUCCACAAGAUACAUAUUGGUAUUGAUUUAACUAUUUAUAGGACUUCAACACACUGCUUGGUUUCAAUGCAUUCUUCAGGUCAUCUUGGAAGCCAGGAUUUUCCCAAAAUAUCUUGAACUACUAGUACGUAGUUCUUAAAGAAGAAAAGCCCUACAGAAAAUCAUGCCUUGAUGGAAUGUUUCCUGCAAUAGUUCUUUUCCAGCACCCUUCUUUGCAGCAAGUGAUUGACAAGGAUGUUGAUUGAAAAACACUCUAAAUGAACAGCUCAAGCCUAGAGAAAAGAAUGUAAAUACUGAGUGGUGGGAAAUCUACCUGUAUUGUCUGUGCUUACCUGAAACAUGUAAUUAAACAGUUUUAAAGAACCUUUUGUUUCCUGCCUGAUAAAAACGUCUGCUUUUGCUCUUUUAUGAAAGUAUUUGUAAACACUUGAAAGUUGUCCAUGGGAGAUCAUACUGUGUAGAAGAAAAUAACUUACUAUGGAUGACCUGCAACUCAAAAUGUGCUCCUCGUGGGUUAUGCAGCUGAACACUGAAAGUGGAUUUCUUGUCACUUUGUUACUUGCAGCUUCCUAUGCACCCAUUUACACUUGACACUGCAUUGACUGCCAGCAUUGGCAUCAGUACACAGGAGUGGUGCAGCCUGCAAAGGGUUGAUGUGAAUGUAAGGGAGUGUUUUAGUAAUUUACUUGUAUUGGGAAAUUUGUAUUUCUAGCAGAAAUUCUUAUACUUACUAGAGAUAGGAAUCCUCACACCUUAUAGUCGUUGCAUAGUUAGAGUAAUUGAGAAGAAAAAUUGUGUCUUCUGCUAAUAAAGCUAGUGUGAAAAUUCUCAGUUCAGUUACAAGCACUUUUCAAACUCCAUUUUUUACACACUUUCUGUAUGUGUUUACUCUGUAAUUCCCCUAGUGAAGCGUGAAUGGUAUAUGUGCAGUAGAAGGCAACAGUGCUUUAAUGAAAAAGUUCAAUGUCUGCUGGAAAGAGAUAGAUGGGAGGGGAUUGGGGUCUAUGUGCUUCAUUCAGCCCAAUGCUUCACUGAAUGCUUUUUCCAGGUUCUGUGGUGUGGGUACUAUUAUCCCUGAUUUGUGGGUUGUAUGGGUUUUUUACCUUAUGACAGGUGAGUGACAUUGGCCCGUUUUGCACAUGAGACUUGUUUCCUGGUCAUCCAGGGACAGCACAGGAAGUGUCAGUUGUAAGAGAAUGGGAAGGGGAGGAGGGGGCAUGUGACUAGAUCUUUCCUGCCUACAAAAAUAGAAUUUGUAACUAAGUUCUAGUAAGUUCUGGCACAAAUUUUGCUUAGAGUAUAAGUAAUUGAGAAAACAACAUAGAAAGAAUUAAUUUUAAUGGCUUUACUCCCAGAGAAAAGUUUUUAAAAAAUGUUAAGUAUACUUGUCACAUAAGUUCAAAUCUUGCGUAGGUCAACUGAUGUGACAGCAAUUUUCAGAUGUUAAAUUUUGAAAUAUAUUUUGAAACCAAUAAUGCCAUGCAUGAUUUCUGCACAAGUCUUCUGGCUGGAGUAGAACAGAUUAUUUCAAGUGCAGACUACACUGCAGCAGUAUGACAAGCAAAUCUGCUCCUACUCCACCUCCAAAGUAUUUGACAAGGGAUGGGAGAUGAGAAAGUUUAUGAAUAAGCUUUAAUAACAAUCUGUGUUUGUUCUUUUAACAGCACUCAAGAAGCAAGGAGGUACUAGUCACAAUUCUUUAAUUAUUGCUGACACAGGGCAAGGAAACUGGCUAUCUACUGCCUGUUUAAUGUGAAAUCGUUGGAAGCUAUGUCUCAUUUUUUAGAAAAUUAGUGAUGACUGUUGCUAUUUUUGAGACAAUAUAAAGUAGAUGUAAAUCAAUACUAUUUAUUAAAAAUAACAACAGGUGGGUGAGUUACUAAGUUGCAAAUAAAGCCCCUUAAAUACA